GUCGCAGAACAGAGUUUGUUUAAAAACAAAGGAUUGUGGAAACCAGACCAGCAUCCGAGAUUUGUAACUCCACAAAUACCUCUGAUUUGUAGACUCAUCAGUGAUCUAAUCUCUGAGAUGCCUUACUGGGAUAUCACACUGGAAAUCAAGCCCCCACCUAUUCCUGGAGUCAUCUUGAAAGAUGUGCUGUGCUGUCCUCCAAGCUGAAGCUUGGAGACCCCAGACCGUUAAAAUAGAGACAAACGGUUGGAGCAAGGGCACCAGCCCUAACCACAACUCUGAGACAAUGAGUGACUCAAUUGAGAAGAAUUUGGAUAAUGAUGCAGAGGGUGUGUGGAGUCCUGACAUCGAGCAAAGUUUCCAGGAAGCUUUAGCCAUUUACCCACCAUGUGGCAGGCGAAAAAUUAUCCUAUCGGAUGAAGGAAAAAUGUAUGGUCGCAAUGAAUUAAUCGCUAGGUAUAUCAAAUUGCGUACAGGAAAAACACGGACACGCAAACAGGUAUCGAGUCACAUUCAGGUGCUCGCUCGAAGAAAGUCACGUGAGAUUCACAGCAAGUUAAAGGAUCAGUCAGCAAAGGACAAGGCCCUUGCCAGUAUGGCAGCCAUGUCAUCAGCACAGAUCGUAUCAGCGACUGCAAUUCAAAACAAACUAGGCAUGUCACAUAUGUCUCGUCCUUUUCCCGUCACAUCUGGGACACCAGAGUUCUUUCAGUUUUGGUCAGGUGCUGUAACUUCGGGGGAAGCAAGCUCCUCACAAGAUGUGAAACCUUUCAUCCAACAACCGUUUGCUGUUCAACCAAGUGUAAACCAUGCUCCACUCUUGGGAUAUGACAAUACUUCAGUUGGUCUUUUGCCAGCCAGUUGCCAUGCUGCCUGGCAGGGCCGCUGCAUUGGAACUACAAAGAUCAGGCUUGUAGAAUUCUCGGCUUUCAUGGAACAACAAAGGGAUCAAGAUACUUACAAUAAACAUCUCUUUGUCCACAUUGGUCAGUCAAGUCCUUCCUAUAAUGAAGCUCUACUUGAAUCAGUUGACAUUCGCCAAAUCUAUGAUAAGUUUCCGGAGAAGAAAGGGGGAUUGAAGGAGCUGUUUGAGAAAGGAACACCAAACACCUUCUUCCUUGUAAAAUUCUGGGCUGAUCUUAGCAUUCAUAUUCAAGAUGAAGCAGGUAUGUUCUAUGGAGUCACCAGCCAGUAUGAAAGUGCUGAGAACAUGACCAUCACCUGUUCCUCUAAGGUCUGCUCUUUUGGAAAACAAGUUGUAGAAAAGGUCGAAACAGAAUAUGCCCGGUUUGAAAAUGGCCGCUUUCUGUACCGAAUACGUCGUUCUCCAAUGUGUGAAUAUCUGAUUAACUUUAUACACAAACUUAAGCAGCUCCCAGAGAAGUAUAUGAUGAAUAGUGUCCUGGAGAAUUUCACCAUUCUGCAGGUGGUAACCAACAGAGACACACAAGAACUCCUCUUGUGUGUUGCAUACGUCUUUGAAGUUUCGACUAGUGAACAUGGAGCUCAGCAUCACAUCUAUAAACUUGUGAAAGACUAGACCAAAGCCUUACAUUCAAAUUUGUACAUAAACAUCUGGGAGGAGAAUCUGGAUCGGUUUGAGGUGCUACCUUUUUCCCAUACACCGUUCUGAGAUUUCACCCACUGCAAAUCCAA